AGGUAUUUUAUGGGGGGAAGGGAGCAGGGGACCGAAACGUAACAGAUGAAGAAAUUUUCCCAGCUCCUUGGGUUUCCCGCACCGGCUGUGCCCUGGCUGUUUGGAAGAGAUCAAUGGGCUGGCCGCAAAGUCCAGCUUUGGGGCUCCCGAGUGAGCUUUGAUAGCGGUGAAGAUCUGAUAGUCACCUAAAGGAACAUCCCAUGGGACUGCCCUUCUCUGCUCUGGUGUUUGCCUGGUGGUGCCUCUUCCUGUUGUGGGCAGGAUGGCCCACAAGGGCAGACUUGAAGGUCUUGAGUGUCAACUGCUCCUGUGACUAUGACACAUUGAUUAGCUGUGAAUGGAAGAUGAACAGACCCACCAAUUGCAGUUCUGAAAUCUGGCUGUAUUAUGAACGGAAGAACGACAAUUCAAUAUUUCCGAGAUGUACUCCUAAGAGCAAGAAAGAGAGCAAAGCCACCUUAUCCCUGGAGUGUGUAUGUCAAAGCAAGGUGGACAGCUUUGUAAAUGCGGAUGAGUAUCUCCUGCAGAUUCAGUCUGAUACACAGGUCCUGUGGGAAGAACAAAACUUCUUACCUUCUCAAAAUGUAAAACCAAGAGCGCCAAGAAAUCUCAUCUACUCUCAAGGAACUUCAAAAGAUGUCUUCUUCCUGACUUGGGACAACAAUUACCCUCCAGAUCACUUCCUGAUUGAGGAACUCCGAUAUAUGGUUGAGAUUCAGAAAAAAAAAGAUACUAUAGCGCCUUCCAAAACAUUAGACAACCUUACAGAACUCAACCUGACCUUCCUUGCUUACCACCUGGAAAAUAAAAGCACCUACACUGCUCGAGUAAGGUCAAAGGUUUCAGACCAGCAAACCUACGCUGGACAGUGGAGUGACUGGAGCCCCUCGGUCGAGUGGUUUAAUGAGUAUGAACAAUCUUUUCUGCAUCGCUUGGAAUUGGGGGUGCCCGUUUUCUGCAUCCUGAUCCUGCUUGUCAAUUUGCUGUGCUAUUUCGGUGUCAUCAAAAUUAAGAAAGUUUGGUGGGAUCAGAUCCCCAACCCAGCCCACAGUCACUUAACUGCCAUCAUUAUUCAGAACCAACAGCUUUCAACAUGGAGGAAACUGCCUAAAACAAAAGAAAAGAAAAAUUUCCUGCAUUGGAAGACAUGCCUUUCCAAGUUGUUUCCCUGUUUGUUCAGCCACAACUCAGCAGGGAAAGAAGAGGACCCCCACCCCCCUCUCCCCAGCAAACGAGAAGGCUGGCCAAUGGAAGCCUGCAGAGCUGUCUUACUGCCAGAGCAGAUCAGCGUGGUGCAGUCCUUAGAGCUUUUUGAGGCUGAGGUGGAAAGUGAGAAGGCGGACGCUGAUGAUGGUUCCUUCUGCCCGUCUGCAGAGAACAGUGCGAGCAGUUUCAUACAGAACAGAGAAGCACUCGCAGCCAGGUUUGUCCACACGCUGUUCCUUGAUCUCCUAGGAGAGGAGACUUUUAUGCCUUCUUUUGAUGAGCCAUCUAGGAAAUACAAGGACUUGGCAGAUGCAACUGAGUCACCACCCAAGGAAAGCAAAGAUCCAGGCCACUGCUGGGACAGCCCUACCAGGCUGGGUUCACCCCUUUUCCAGAACGGUUCCCUGAGUGGUCCCCACACUUCUGAGAGAUCUGGAACUGCCUGCCAGAAUCCUCGCAUGGAGACCGCUUCUCCUGAGGCCGGACAGGCUCCUGAGCCCCGGCAAGAGCAGUGGCAGUUUCCGUCAGCUUCUCAAACUCAGGGCCCUGGGUCAGCCUCGGACUUAGCAAACACAUCCAUUUCAGAGGCACUCCAAGUCGUUGAUGACAACCCUGCCUAUCGAAGCUUCAGCAGCCUCCUGGCCCAGUCCUUGCCCAGGACUGAGGAAGAGCCGAGCCUUCCCUUGGUCUCAUCCGACCGCUCACAGGAACAGACAACUUCAGGAGACCCUGAGCAGCAGCGUGAGGGAAGCUGCUCAGAGGGCCCUAAAAUCCCUUCCUCCUGUGACAAUGAGCCAUCUUCUUUGCUUCAGUCAGACGGAGAGAGCUGGGAAGAAAUUCUAAGACAGAGGGUUCUCAGACAAGAAGGAGCUGUCCCUUGCCCAGCCGUUUUAGUUACAUCAGGUUACCGGUGUUUUGACAAUGCUGUAAAGCAAGGCAGUGACCAGAAUUAUAAGGCAGCUAGCUUUAAUCUUCCCAAAGAAUCUGGCUAUCGGUCCUUCGUGAGUCUCCUAAAUGAUUCUAGGAAAGAAGCCUCUGCAGAGACCUUUAGUGUUGAGUCUGAAUCUGGAAAAGAGAAAGAGGGGUCUAGGCCAUCAGAAAACACUUGUUGCCAAGAGGCAGAGAAAGUGCCCCCACUUCCAUUGUUCACCUUUGGCCUGGAUUUAGGAGAAGCUCCUUCUCAGAAAAGCCAGCGCUGUCCCGUGCCCUCCAGCCUCCGCAAGACCGACAGACCCCAGGAGACCAUAGAGAAAGAGACCCUGGGCGCCAAAAAGCAUGGGGACCCCCCUACAGAGUCCUCACUCUGUUCCAAAUUAGACUUCAGCAGUGGUAUAGUCUAUUCCACCUUGACAUGUCAUCUCUGUGGACACCUAAAGAGAUGUUCAAGUAUAGAUGGGAGUUACACACCCUUGGGCAAUUCCCAGCACACAGAAUGCAACUGUGUGGUUGAGGUCCUAGAAACAUUGCCUCAUCCUCUUACAAAAGCCACAAGUUUUUGCCCUUCCAAAAUGAUGGAGAGUCCAGAGAGUGGGGUGCCGAGGACCCCUUGUGUGGAGUUUCUAGGGGAGAGCCAUUUGGAGGAAGAAUCUUCCCCAGAAAUCUGUAUGCCCCGAUGUCCUCAGGACUGUAAAGAUCCAUCUGGCUUUACCGCAGAGAAACAGAAAGGUUCCCUUCAUUUAAAGCCUAGCCCUGGGGGUGACCUAAAGCCAAACCAGCCCUUCAUCCCUAACAUGGCAGACUGUCAACGUGAGGGCAACACCUACAUAAAAGUUUCUUAGAUGAGGUUUGGAGAGGUAUCAAAUCAACAGUGAUACACAUUUGGUUUAGAUUGGAAUCUUUGAAUUUCCUUUGAUUGUGAAAUGUUUCUUCCAUGUAGACCAUUACUGAAUAGAAGCCCAAACAGCCUUUUGAUCAUAGAAUGUCCAAGGAAAAGGGGACCUUAGAACAUAGAAUAUUGGAGUAGAAAGGAGCAUUACAGAUCUGAUCAAAUCCCAUCAUUUUAGAGAGGAAUUGAAGGCCUGAUCGGGAAGGUGAAGCCCCUUGUCUUAGUUUGCUCACAGCUGAGUAAAUGACAGAACUAAUUCAAACCCAGGGCUUCUUAGUCCUCUGCACUAGCCCCAUAGUGAGAAGGUACCCGUUUUCCAGAUGAGAUAUAAUAGGAAGCACCUUAACAAUUACUUCUUAUAAUAGCUAGCAUUUAUGGAGUGCUCUGAAGUACACAAAUUAUCUCAUUUGUUCUUCACAACAACUUGUAAGUUAGCUGCUAUUAUUCUUCUCGUUUUGUAGAGAAGGAAACUGAAGUGUAGGAGAAUUAAGUGACUUUCCAGUACAAAUAAUCCAGUUCUAAUAUCAGUUAUGAAGAUUUUUAGGACUUCCCACUAGGUUUCGGCUGUAUUUGGGAAUACUAACUAGAAAAAGCUACUCCCUAUGUACAAUGAAAACAGCAAUAAGUAUAAGACUUAUUAUUACUUAUAGAUAAUGAGGACAUGUAAUCAACUCCCAGUUAUCUAUUUUAUAGAUAAUCGAUUUUGUUCUUCUUCUUUUGAAUUUUGCCAGCUCCCUCAGCUGGAGGCUGAAAUGAGAGAGACUAGACUUGGCCUCUUAGAGUAACUGGUGAAUUCAGUUCUAUGGAAGAAAACAUUUAUGAAAGUUGUGCUCAGCUAGGCAGCUAGAUGGCUCGGGGGAUAGAGCACCGGGCCUGGAGUCAAGAAGAUCUGAGGUUAAAUAUGGCCUCGGAUAUGCUGGGGAAUGAAAUGGCAAACCACUCCAGUGUCUCUGUCCAGAAGACCUCACGGGCAGUAAGGUGCCCUGGGUCACGAAGAGCUGCAUACAGCUGAAUCGACCAAGCUGCAGAGAUGUGGUGACAAAAAAAUCAGUCCUUGCCCUCAAGGAGCUUACAUUCUGCCAGGGGUGGAUGGGAGGAAGAGAGUUGGUCAGUGUAUCAGCUAGCACCAGUUCAGUCUGCAGCCAUGCCUGCACCAGGACAGAUUCCAGAGCCAGCAGUGGUUGUUCCCAGAACUUCCUCCUCCAGCAGUUAAAUACCUCAGCGUUUUGGCUAGUGUGGAAAUUGUUGUGACUGGAGGCAGGGGAGAUGCUUCUUGAUGCAGUCAUUCUCACAUUGACCUCUGGGGUGUUCUGACUACAUGGUCUCGGAGCCAAGGUUAGCAGAAGAUUGAAAAGGAGGGAGGAGUAUUCUGGAACUUCCAGAGAUAUUGUACUAUGGAAAUAUUUGUAUUUGCUAUAAGAUUUGUUUUUUAAACUGAAAGGGGUGUGUGUGUGUGUGUGUGUGUGUGUGUGUGUGUGUGUGCGCGCGUGUGCUCAGUAUGCAGAUCAAAGCUGGGAGGUGGGGAAGGGACAGUGAUGUUAUAUGUCUGCUAUUUACUUUAAAUAAAUUCAUUUCAAUUCAACAA